UUCCUCUCUUCUCCCUCUCCUCCUACCCCCACACACACACACACUCUAAAAAGCAGGAGAGAGAGGGUCUGUACAGAGGGAUUUGGUCACAUUGUGUGCUUGCGCCUCUGAACAUCUGUCUGCUCUGGCUGCAUGAUGACAGCGAUGGCCAGAUGUCUGGGUCUCCUUUUUCUAGUUGUCCAUUCUGUGGCACAGGAGCUUCCAUCAAGUCCUCACGGCUGCACAGAUGGAAGCUGUUACCCAGCUACAGGGAACCUGCUAAUUGGGCGAGCUGUGAACCUAACAGCUACAUCGACCUGCGGCCUUGAAUCACCAGAGCAGUACUGCAUCGUCAGCCAUCUACAGGAGUCAGAUAAGUGCUUCGCUUGUGACUCGCGAAGGCAUUAUGACCCCUACUAUCACAGGAACAGCCAUCGCGUCGAGAACGUUAUCUACCUCAAGGACAGCAGAGGAGAUCUGACUUGGUGGCAGUCUGUUAACGGAGAGGAGAGUGUUAGUAUCAGACUCAAUCUGGAGGCCGAGUUCCACUUCACUCACCUCAUCAUGAAGUUUAAGACCUUCAGGCCCGCGGGCAUGUUGAUUGAACGUUCUGCUGAUUUUGGGCGUUCCUGGAGGCCGUACCGCUAUUUUGCCUACAACUGCACCAGGACCUUCCCCCGAGUGCCUGCUCGAUCUCUGCAGCUCAUUGAUGAUGUCAUCUGCGAGGAGCGCUAUUCUGAUAUAGAGCCGUCCACAGAGGGAGAGGUCAUUUACAAAGUGCUUGAUCCCUCAAUCCAUGUCAGUGACCCCUACAGUACCAAUAUUCAAGACCUGCUGCGCAUCACUAACCUGCGGAUCAACUUCACUAGACUGCACACUCUGGGGGAUAACCUUCUGGACCGGCGGCCUGAUGUUCUGCAGAAGUAUUACUAUUCUAUUUACGAGCUGGUGGUCCGUGGAAGCUGCUUCUGUUACGGCCACGCCUCAGAGUGCGCCCCAGUGCCAGGAGUGAACACCAGGGAGAGUGUCAUGAUUCAUGGGCGCUGUGUGUGUAAGCAUAACACAGUGGGGCUAAACUGUGAGCGCUGCAGAGAUUUCCACCAUGACCUGCCCUGGAGACCAGCUGAGGCUGAUAACCCUCACACCUGCACAGAGUGCAACUGUAACGGUCACUCCAGAACGUGUCACUUUGACAUGGCGGUGUAUCUGGCCACGGGGAAUGUUAGCGGAGGUGUUUGUGACAACUGUCUUCACAACACCAUGGGACGCAACUGUGAAACCUGCAAACCCUUCUACUAUCAGGACCCGUCCAAAGAUAUCAGAGACCCAAGUGCAUGUGUUGCAUGUGACUGUGACCCAGUGGGCUCUCUGGAGGGAGGUGUGUGUGACAGCCACACUGAUCUGGAUCUGGGGAUGAUUGCUGGUCAGUGUCGCUGCAAGCCCAACGUCAAAGGCCAGCGCUGUGACUAUUGUAGGGACGGCCACUACGGCCUUACCCAAAACGAUCCUCUGGGGUGCCAGCCAUGCAACUGUGAUCCACGUGGCAUCACCAUGCUGGGAGCCCCAUGCGAUCCAAUCAGUGGAGACUGUUCCUGCAAGAGAUACGUUACCGGACGCUACUGCAACCAGUGCAUACCAGAGUACUGGGGACUCAGUAAUGACCUUGCAGGCUGUAGACCCUGUGACUGUGAUUUUGGUGGAGCGUACAGCAACAAGUGCAUGGUGGAAAAUGGUCAGUGUGAAUGUCGGUCUUACCUGAUUGGUCGCCAGUGCUCAGAGGUGCAGCCUGGAUAUUUCUGUGCUGCGCUGGACUACUACAAAUAUGAGGCUGAAGGAGCAGCAGCCUAUAGCCCUGAAAGUUCUAAUUUACCUGGGAAACCACGGCCUCAGGCAGGUAAUAACUGUGCAGAGCAUCUCAACAACCAGCUGAAGAGACACAAACGCCACCGACACAUCGCCCAGCAGCAGAGAGCAGCACUGAGACGUAUCCGCCAGCUGCAGCAGACUCCUGAUGUGACGACUGUAAGCAGAGAGAGGCAGCCGGGUCAGAUGGUCACCUGGACUGGACCGGGCUUUGCUCGGGUUAAAGAUGGCGCUGGGCUUGUCUUCACUAUUGACAAUAUCGCUUACGCCAUGGAGUAUGACAUCAUGAUACGCUAUGAGCCAGAGUCCACAGAAGACUGGGAGGCCAUUGUGAGCAUUACAUCCAUCCAGCUGCCCACCAGCCCUCGCUGUGGAAACCUGCUGCCCACUGAGCAGUUAUACACUGUCACCCUGCCCCACCACAAGAGGUACAUUCUGAUGCCGCGGCCCUUUUGCUUCGAGCCCAGCAACCGCUAUGUGGUGUCCAUCCGCUUCCAGCGCCAUGCUGUCUCUUACAGACAUCUCACCGCCUACAUACUUGUCGACUCGCUUGUUUUGAUUCCUAAGUAUGAGGAGCUGCCAGGUUUCCAGGGUAAUGAUCCCCUGGCUCAGCAACGGCGGGAUGAGAUGGUGCGCUACAUGUGCAUGGAGUCAUUCAUGACUGCUCCCAUGCCGCCACUGGCUGAAAUGUGUAUUAAACUCAUCUGCAGCAUCUCCUCUUUGAUGCAUGAUGGAGCAUUAGCUUGUCGCUGUGACCCUCAGGGUUCACUGAGCACAGAGUGUCACAAGAUCGGAGGUCAGUGUAGCUGUAAACCCAAUGUGAUUGGCCGUAACUGUGACCAGUGUGCACCGAGAACCUAUGGAUUUGGACCCUAUGGCUGCACUGCUUGUGACUGCCACCUUGAUGGCUCAGCAGGGCAGCAGUGUGACCCUUUAACUGGACAGUGCCCCUGUAAACCCGGAGCCCGUGGACGGCAGUGCUCUGACUGUCAGCCUGGUCACUGGGGCUUCCCUAACUGCAGACCAUGCCACUGUAACGGACACGCAGAGACCUGUGACCCUCAGACUGGCGCCUGCCUCGAGUGCAGAGAUCACACAGCAGGUCAUCUGUGCGAGAGGUGUAUGAAUGGUUUUUAUGGCAACCCAGUGCUGGGUUCAGGGGAGCACUGUCGUCCCUGUCCGUGUCCAGGCAACCCAGGCAGCAGCCACUCCAACGGAGACUCCUGCCACAUGGAUCACUCCUCCAACGAGAUCAUCUGCCACUGCAAGCAAGGCUAUUCAGGUCGUCGCUGUGAGCUCUGUGCCCCUGGUUACUUUGGAAACCCGGAGCAGUCUGGUGGCGUGUGCCGACCCUGCGAGUGCAACGGAAACAUCGAGACCGAGGAUCCGGGCUCUUGUGACUCGCGCACCGGCCAGUGCCUAAAGUGUCUGUACAACACGGACGGCCCGUCCUGCUCCGAGUGCAAGAUUGGUUAUUAUGGCAAUGCUCUGGCUAGAGACUGCAGGCGCUGUACGUGUAUGACGCUGGGGACACAGCAGGCCUAUUGUGAAGAUGGGUCCUGUGACUGCGACAGGCAGACCGGGGCGUGUCCCUGCAGGCCUAAUGUUGAAGGCCAUAACUGUGACCGUUGCGCCCCUAACCACUGGAACCUGGGCAUGGACUACGGCUGCGAGGCCUGUGAGUGCCACCCUCAGAACUCCCACAGCUCACACUGUAACCUGAUCAGCGGUCAGUGUCAGUGCAGGCAAGGUUUUGGAGGGAAGCAGUGUACAGAGUGUGAGCCGCUGCACUGGGGGAAUCCAAACGAGCACUGUGAGGAGUGUAGGUGUGACCCGCUGGGAUCAGAGGCUCUUCAGUGUAACCGUUCCACUGGAGCCUGUCCAUGCAGAGAGCAAGCGAGUGGGCAGCACUGUAACGAGUGUGCUCGCGGGUUUACCGGAAACUUCCCAAAGUGUGUACCCUGCCACCCUUGCUUCCAGCUGUGGGAUGACGUUGUGUGCCAGCUUGAAGCCGAUCUGGAAAUCAUCCGCAAUAAAAUAGCCGGGAUCCUGGGUAUGGGCCAGUUACCCGGCUUUAGCAACACCAGGAUCCAUGAACUGGAGGAGAAGCUGGCUGAGGUCCAGAACCUGCUGAAGAAUGGGGACAGAGACAGGAUGCACCAGCUGAUUAGCCAGGCCAUUGAUGACAUGAGGGUUGAGAUAGCUGUCACUGAUGGGCGUUUGAUGGGCAUGGAGAGAGAGCUGAAUGCAACGGCAGUUCAGGACAGGGUCCUGAAACAGAAUCUGACCUCAAUGGAGCAGGAGCUCAGAGACCUGAAUAACACACUGACCCAGAGCCACAAAGACCUGGACAAUUACCUCACUGCUGGACUUGCAGAUCAGUUUGAGAAAAUACAGAAGUACUACCAGCAGUCUUUGGAUGCUGAGCAGCGUUGUAAUGCGUCUGUGUACGGACCUGAGAGCCCUGUGGAGCAAUCUAAACAAACACGUAACCUGACUGAGACCCUGAUCAAUCAGAAGAAAGACCAGCUGCUGAGAACAGUCACUGCUCAGAACAAAUCACUAUCUGAACUGGAAAAGAAAGUACAUGAUGUGGACAAGAAGGUCCAUCACCUCAGCCGUAAGGUGUGUGGUGGCAGUGGCACUGUGAGUGCUAAUGAUACGUGUGUGGAUGACCCUUGUGGAGGUGCUGGCUGUAAGAAAAAUGAUAGCACACUGAUAUGUGGAGGACCCCAUUGUAACGGUACAGUAGGGGCCUCACUCAGGGCACUGGAGGAGGCUAAUAACGUUAACAAGAACCUGACAGCUGCCAGCAAAGAAAUGAUGGACAUGGAAAAGAAGCUUAAGGACAUUGCCACACUCACUCAGAAUGUGAAGACACAAGCCAUGAACACGCUGGAGAAAGCCCAGGCCAAGAAAGAGCAGUUUGAAAAGUCCAAUAAAAAACUAAAGGACUUUAUCCAGAAGAUCAGAGACUUUUUGACUGAGGAAGGAGCAGACCCGCAGAGCAUAGAGAAAAUAGCCAAGCAGGUUCUGGCCAUCCAGCUGCCUGUCAACCGGACUGUACUGGACCAAGUAGUGGAGCAGAUCAAAGAAAACAUUGCCAACCUUACGGAUGUGGAGAGAGCCUACAAUCAAACCUCUGAGCAGCUGAACAAGGCCAAGGAGCUGCUCAACGAAGCGCAACAAGCCAAGACUCAAGCAGAGGGAGUUAAUGACGCCAUCAGUAAGACUAAAGAGGCUCUGAACACCACGCAGGAUGCUAUCCAGAAGGCAGAGAAGGCAAUAGAGACGGCCAUGGAAAACCUCAAUUCCACACGGAACGCCACAGCCACGGUGGAGAACAAGAUCUUAGAUCUGGAGAAGAACCUGGAGAGCGUGAUGGCGAGGUUGGGAAAUUUAUCCCAAGGCGUGGAUAUGUUAAAGAACAAGACGGAACAGAACCGACAGAUGGCACAGGAGGCUAAAGCUCUGGCAAAUAAUGCCACACAAAGCGCCUCUGAUCUAAACAAGGAAAUGUCAGAAGCUGAGGCUCUAUAUAAGGAACUGAAGGAGAAGGUGGACUCUUUAGGAGGUGCUGGAGCCAACGUCACCCAGAGAGCGCUUGACAUGAAGAAGAAGGCGAAGGAGCUUUUGGAUAAGGCCGAUAAGGGCAUGAAAUCACUUGAAAAACUGGAGAAGAAGUUCCAGCAGAACAAGGAUACGAUACAGAAGCAGCAGGAAGCGAUUGAGGAACUGGAAAAGAAUGCUACAGAUAUCAGAGAUUACAUCCGAAAUAAAGUAACAGGCUACAACACCUGUCAGUAGUUAUGGAAAAUAAAGGAAUAGGAAAUUGAAAUGUUACAAGAUCAGCUCAGCCCCUUUUUAUUCAGAACAUUGACCUUCUUUCAAACUGAUUUUUUAACAGAUAUAUUAUAAGUGAAUUGUUCCUGCCUGUCUGCUGAAGACCUGCUGCAAAUCUACAUUGCCCUGAAACUAUAUAAUUUCUUUGACUAAACUCAAUUUAUCUGAUUUUUUUGAUAUAUAAAAGGAUAUUUAAAUUUAAUUGAAAGUUAUUUUUUGUUUCUUUGCAAGUGAGAGCAUAGUUACAGGCCAAAAAAGUAAUGCAAUCAUUCAUUUGUAUACAGGAUUCCAAUAAAAACCAUACUUUACAUCAACACAUAGCUAAAAGUCACUGUAAGUCAAAUGCUGUUGAUGUUAAAUAAUAUGUGGAAAUGGGGGUGCAACAUUGCACAAAAUCAUAGUUUGGUACCAGUGCAGCACAUUGGGGAAAGAUAAAACUAAACCAGGUUUCUGUACCAUGCUGUUUUGUAUAUCCCCCUGAGGCAGAUAAUACAGUCUAUAAUUAAGAAGUAAGAUGUCAAUUUGAACAUGUUCAUUGUGUUCCCACACGCAUAGCUACCAAAAAUGCAUACACAUGUUCUCCCUUUACUGCUCUGUGAUUUCAUGGACUGAAAUAACGUUGCUGUUGAAGUCAGAAUAUCUGUCAAAUACCUUUUUUUUUUUUUAAUUAGUCAAUUUAAUCAAAAAUAAUGAUUAAGAAUAAAGAAAGACAAAAACAAGCAUAUCCUUCAUUUUCUAUAUGUGAUAGAGAGAGAUAGAGAGACAGGAGAGAACAGGACUGGGGGGACAAACAGUUAACAAUACUGUAGCUUAACAACUAUGAAACAAUUAGGUUUCUAGGUGGGACACAAGCUUGUGAAAUGACUGUACCAGUAUUUACCUUAAUAAUGUACUAUAUAUUCCUUAUGCGGCUGCAUGUACCAAACCAUGACUCCCUACUGUGACAGUUUUUACAAAUAUGUGUAUUGUUACUCCCCUAGUGGAAAUGAUAAACACACUGGAAUAAUGUAUGUCAGAUUUGUUUGGAAUAAACAUGUGUCUUCUUCAGGUGCUAAAGUCUUAUUUGCCUUAAAGAUACUGUAUGUACAUUUUAGAGAAUAUAAAAUCUUGUUUACUCUCUUGGUCAGAAUUUUCAUUCUGCCGUAACUGGAGGCCACAUGAUUGUGAUUGUGGAAAUAAUAGACAGUUGUGUCUAUAAGGGUCGAUUCCUAAAAGCAUUCAAUCUACACAAUGAUCUGGUUCAUGGCCAAGAGAUCUGUGUCUAAAGUCUGCUUCUUCCAUUUUGCACUGGAGCUGCGAGGCCACUAAAAUAAACAUUUCUGUCACUGAAAAUGGCUUUUGAUCUUCUCAAACAUCCAUUUUAUUUAUGUUAUAUUUCUUUAAAAUAGAGAUAUAACUAAUGGGCCUUAAGUCACCAUAGAAGAACCAAUUAUGACUCCAUAAUGAACUAUGUUUUAUGUAAUUGUGAACUUAUAUCAGUGGAGUAAGUAAGUCAGUGUAAAAGUUGUUCAGAGGUUCUUCACACUCACAUGUCUUUUAUUUAAAAAAUGUUCUUUAUGAAUGCAUAAAUAAAUGUUUCUCCUACAAAGAAUCAGCUACAUUUUUAGUUCGCAGUGCAACAUGAAUGAAGCAAACCUCAGAUGUCAGAAAACAUUUCCUGACAGUUUUUGAUUGACUGCAUUUGUAAUAAUGAGAACUUUGUGUGACUUUGACCCCAUUAAGUGAACCCUUUAACAUCUUCAGCACAUCAGUGCAUAAAGCAGUCAGUGUCUGUGAAUCGACCUUGAGAUGUGCCUUCCGAUCCACACAGGUCCAUGUCCUUUACCUGUGAUUCUUUCUGUUCAUGUGGAAGAUAUCUGUGAAGUGAAUAAAAAUAUAUUGAUAUA